AUGUUGCUGGUGCAUGCUCCUGAAAAUGCAGACGGCUUCAGAGCAUCCAGUCAAGAUGAGACCAGCAUCACCCUGCAGUGGAAUAAAGUGAACAACAAUACCAGCUUUGUUCUCCAGUUUAAUGGCACAGACACAUUCAUCAGAGCACCAGAUGGAAAUGAACCAGUUAACCACACGGUGUCAUCUCUCACUGCUGGAACCAAAUACACAUUCACUCUGUUCUCUGUGUUUGAGAACGUUAGAAGUAUAGGAGUACAGCUGACAGCUGCCACUGCUCCUGGAAAUGCCGACGGCUUCAGAGCAUCCAGUCAAGAUAAGACCAGCAUCACUCUGCAGUGGAAUAAGAUAAACAACAAUAUCAGCUUUGUUCUCCAGUUUAAUGGCACAGAGACAUUCAUCAGGGCACCAGAUGGAGAUGGAUCAAUUAACCACACAGUGUCAUCUCUCACUGCUGGAACCAAAUACACAUUCAGUCUCUUCUCUGUGUUUUACAAUGUCAGGAGCAGUGGAGUCAAUGUUACCUCAUCUACCAGUCAGAUCAGGUUAACUGGUGUUGGAUUACCUCGAUGUUCUGGCAGAGUUGAAAUCUACCACAACAGUACCUGGGGAACAGUCUGUGAUGAUAUCUGGGAUUUAAACGAUGCCAAUGUGGUCUGUAGAGAGUUAAACUGUGGAACAGCAGUGAAUGCUACCAGUACAGCCUUCUUUGGUGAAGGAACAGGACAGAUCUGGCUUGAUGACGUGUCGUGUUCUGGCWAUGAAGCUUCACUUACACAGUGUSGGCACAGAGRAUUUGGGAYACAYRACUGURGACACWGKSAGGAUGCUGGUGUCAUCUGUUCAGCCUUCUUUGGUSAAGGAACAGGACAGAUCUGGCUUGAUGACGUGUCGUGUUCUGGCAAUGAAGCUUCACUUACACAGUGUGGGCACAGAGGAUUUGGGACACACGACUGUAGACACUGGGAGGAUGCUGGUGUCAUCUGUUCAGCUCCUGGACAUGCUGAUGACUUCAGAGCAUCCAGUCAAGAUGAGACCAGCAUCACUCUUCAGUGGAAUAAGAUAAACAACAAUAUCAGCUUUGUUCUCCAGUUUAAUGGCAAAGAGACAUUCAUCAGAGCACCAGAUGGAGAUGGACCAGUUAGCCACACAGUGUCAUCUCUCACUCCUGGAACCAAAUACACAUUCAGUCUCUUCUCUGUGCUUUACAAUGUCAGGAGCAGGGGAGUCAAUGUUACCACAGCUACAAGUCAGAUCAGGUUAACUGGUGUUGGAUUUUCUCGAUGUUCUGGAAGAGUUGAAAUCUACCACAACAGCAUCUGGGGAACAGUCUGUGAUGAUUCUUGGGAUUUAAACGAUGCCAAUGUGGUCUGUAGAGAGUUGGGCUGUGGAACGGCACUGAAAGCUACCAGUAGAGCCUUCUUUGGUGAAGGAACAGAACACAUCUGGCUUGAUGACGUGUCGUGUUCUGGCAAUGAAACUUCACUUACACAGUGUGGGCACAGAGGAUUUGGGACACACGACUGUGGACACAAUGAUGAUGCUGGUGUCAUCUGUUCAGGUCAGAUCAGGUUAGCUGGUAAUGGAUUACCUCGAUGUUCUGGAAGAGUUGAAAUCUACCACAACAGCAUCUGGGGAACUGUCUGUGAUGAUAUCUGGGAUUUAAACAAUGCCAAUGUGGUCUGUAGAGAGUUAAACUGUGGAACGGCACUGAAAGCUACCAGUACAGCCUUCUUUGGUGAAGGAACAGGACAGAUCUGGCUUGAUGACGUGUCGUGUUCUGGCUAUGAAGCUUCACUUACACAGUGUGGGCACAGAGGAUUUGGGACACACGACUGUGUACACUGGGAGGAUGCUGGUGUCAUCUGUUCAGAUUCUGAAUACGGCUUCACAGCAUCCAGUCAAGAUGAGACCAGCAUCACUCUGCAGUGGAAUAAAGUGAACAACAAUAUCAGCUUUGUUCUCCAGUUUAAUGGCAGAGAGACAUUCAUCAGAGCWCCAGAUGGARAUGGACCAGUUAACCACACAGUGUCAUCUCUCACUGCUGGAACCAAAUACACAUUCACUCUGUUCUCUGUGUUAGAGAACGUUAGAAGUAGAGGAGUACAGCUGACAGCUGCCACUGCUCCUGGAAAUGCUGAUGACUUCAGAGCAUCCAGUCAAGAUGAGACCAGCAUCACUCUGCAGUGGAAUAAAGUGAACAACAAUAUCAGCUUUGUUCUCCAGUUUAAUGGCAGAGAGACAUUUAUCAAUGCACCAGAUGGAGAUGGACCAGUUAGCCACACAGUGUCAUCUCUCACUGCUGGAACCACAUACACAUUCAGUCUCUUCUCUGUGUUUAAUGAUAUCAGGAGUAGUGGAGUCAACGUUACCUCAUCUACCAGUCCUAGGCCUACAUCAUCCAGGGUUUGCAAAUGUACACUGGUAUCUGAUUCAUGUGACCAAACUUCAAGAUCUUAAAUACACAUAUUACUCCUUGUGCUAAAGCCUAAUGUCUAUAAAAAUGUAAUUGUUGUGCUGUAAUAAUUGGAUUUAAACAUGUAAUAAUUAUUUUACUUGCUACUGAGGGAUUCACCUGGAAGGCAUGCUUUAAGACAUUUAUGUCCUUGUCAAAUAUUAACUGUUUAUGUGAUUUUAUGGUCUUUUCUGAGUUCAAAAAGAAAAAAAAACAACUGUGAAUAAGUAACUUAUUUCUUGAGAUGCUUCUAAGCCUUGACUGCUAUUAAGCUUAUAAUAUUUAUAAAGUUGUAUUCAAAGUGUGCUUAAAAUGGUGUGGCUACGUUUCAUUUGAAUUCUAAGUCUUUAAAAUAAAAAA